AUGGAGCAGCAGCAGAGGCAGAGGCAGCAGCAGGUGCAGCAGCAGCAGCAGCAGCAGAGGCAGCAGCAGCAGCAAAGCAAGGCGCCAUCUGAGGCAGAGUCGGAGACAGAGCGUUGUAACAAUUCGCGUCGCAGUAGCGCUGCCAGCAACAACAACAAAUAGCAAAAACUGAGCAGCGUUCGGCAAAGCGCAACAACAAUUACAAUUGCAACCAAAUCGGCAACAAAAUCAACGACAAACAACAUCAAUACAACAACAGUGGCAACAACUAAGCGUCGGAGAGCGGCAGGUAGCAACAAAAAGCGGAAUAUCAGGCGGAUAAGUCGCAGUCGGAGUGCGAGCAGGAACAGAAGCAAAAGCCGCAGCAGGAGCAGGAGCCGCAUCCGGAUAAGGAGUCGCAGUCGCAGUCACAGUCGCAGUAGGAAUAACAGCAUUCAGAGUCCAUCUCGCAGCAUUCAGAGUCCACCGCGCAGCAUUAGAAGUCCCAGUCCCAGCCCCAGCCCCAGUGCCAGUGCCAGUCCGAACAGGAGUCGCACCAGCAGCACUUGUAGCAGCCGCAGUUGCAGCAGCGAAAGCGAAGCCAGCAGCAUGUCCAAGGCAAGCAGCACGACAGCAGCACCCACUGCAGCAGCUGUUGCGGCAAGUGCAACAAAUGCAUCGAUUGCGAAUGCCAAUGCGAAUCCCAAUGCUGAUUUUAGCGCUUUCGAUUUCAAUGAUAGUUCGGAUAAUUCGGAUACGCCGCUGGUGCCACGCGCACCGUUCCUGAGUCGCGCCGCCGCGGCAGCAGCAGCGGCAGCUGCAGCAGCAGCCGCACUAAACAGCAGCAGCAGCAACAAUUCCAAUUCCCCAACAUCAGGCGGCAUGCCGCCAAUGCAGCAGCAGCAGCAGCAAAACAUGCAGCAACAGCACCUCAAUAGCAACAACAACAACAACAAUAACAACAACAACUUGCAACAUAACAACAACAAUAACAAUUGUCGUAGUAGCAGUCGUAGCAGCAGCACCUCCCAAAGCAGCCUGGACGAGGAGGAGGAAGACGAUGAGGAGCACAACAUCAGCAGACAGCAGCAGCAGCAGCAGCAACAACAACAACAGCAACAGCAAAGGGCUGCUGCAGCAGCUGCCGUUGUGGCAGCAGCAGUCAGUGCGUUGCACAAUGGAAAGCAGCAGUUCAACAACAACAACAGCAGCAUUAACAACAACAGCAAAGUGCGAGAGCCACGAGAGCUGCACGAUCCCCAGCAGCAGCAGCAACAGCAGCAGCAGCAGCAGCAUCAUCACCAUCCAGAGGAUGAGGAGGAAGACGACUACGACGAGGAUGAUGAGGAAGAUGAUGAGGAGGAGCCACACCACCAUCAGCAGCAGCAGCAGCAGCAACAGCAGCAGCUGCAGCAUGGCAAUGGACUUGGCCAUGACCUCACGCCCACAGAUCUGCGUCACGUCCUGCCAUCCAGCACCACCCAUCACGAUCACCACCCCCAAGAACAGCCAGAGUACGAUGACGAUGGCGAGGACGAAGACGAUGAGGACGAGGAGGAGGACGAGGCGGCCAGCAGUCACCUGGACAGCCGGGCCACCCUCACAUCGGCCCACCUGAGCAGCGUGGCGGCUGCCGAGAGCAGCGGCCUGCACAUGAGCGCCGUGGCCGCGGCUGCAGCCGCAGCAGCAGCAGCGGCUGCGGCCGCAGUCAAGCUAAACGCACAGCUGGAGCAGCAGAACGCCACGGCGCUGGACAUGGCCGGCGUUGGCCCGACGGGUGGCGCCACAGUCCCCCAAAUGGCGAUGGUGACCGACCCGAGCAGCCUCAUUUGCGGCAACAGCAACACCAGCUUCUCCACCAACAACAACAGCAACCAUGCCCUCAGCUCGACGCACGGCAGCACGGUCGGCGGGACGGGCGGUGCCAACUGCAGCAACGAUCUGGCGGCCAACUCGCGUGGUGGCGCUGGCAGUGUGGGCCCCCAACUCCCAGCAGCAGCACAGCAGCCGCACCAACAGCUGCAGCAGCUGCAACAGCAGCAGUCGGGCAGCGGCAGCAGCAGCGCAGCCAGCGAGCGGCGCAAGUACCGCCACCAGAACUACAGCAAAAACAUCUACAUUGGCACAAAGAACGCCGAAAAGUGGGAGCACAUGCGCACCCGACUGCAGUUCAAGAACGACGUCGAGUUUGUCGCCUAUCUGCUCAAUCUGGCCGACAACGAUACGGAUCGACUGAACAACCUACCACCACCCUCGCCGGCUCCAACGCCCACCAAAGGCUUCGAUGGAAACUUCAAGCUCGAACCGAAUCUCAGUGUCAAGGACUUUGCCCUGCCCCCCGAGUCCACGUCGAUGAAUGGUACGGGCAACGGCAAUGGCAAUGGCGACUCUGCCUCGGCGACCUCCGUGGCAAUGGUCACGCCCACGCCGCCGCAACGGAAGCGCUACAAGAAGCGGGUGCAGUUCUCCACGGAUUCGCUGAACGGAUACGCGGGCGGCAAGGCGGCCAAGGGGGCAGGCGCUGCAGCAGCUGCAGGAUCGGCAGCAGCAGCAGGCGGCACAGGGACGGGGUAUCACAGUGGCUACGCCAAAUCGAAGAAGCAGGAGGCCAAGGCGGCGGCGGCUGCCCUCAAGGCCGGAGCAGCGGCAGCAGCGGCGGCGGCAGCGGCUGCAGCUGCCGCCAACUCCUCGGCCCUGCCCGAGGUCCUCGACUGCCGCAUCGCCGAGAAAAUCAAGAGCGAGCUGGAGGCCAGCGCCAGUGCCGGCGUCGGCGGCAAGGAGUCCCUGCCCAGCGCCCUCUGCCUGAAGAAGGCCGCUGCGGCGGCGGCAGCAGCGGCCGCGGCGGCAGCAGCAGCAGCGGCAGCGGCGGGCAGCGAAGAGGAGGACGAGGAGGAGCAUCAGCAGCAGCAGCAUCAGCAGCAUCCACAUCUGAUGGGCGCCGGAAUGGCCAUUCCCCUGGGCGUGGCCGGGGGCGUGGAGGUGACGGCCAAGACGGGUGCGGAUGCUGUGGACGGCGCCACAACCAGUAACGGCCAGAUGGGCAACUUCCAUGUGCGCUCCAAGAGCCAUGGCGGCGGCAAGAAAUCCCAGUCCGCCAAGGCAGCAGCGGCGGCGGCAGCAGCAGCGGCAGCGGCAGCAGCGUCGGCGGCCGCAAUGAUGCCGCCCAACUCCAGCUACGACGAGCCGGAGGAUGAGUCGGCCACGGGCGGCACGGCCGCCAACGAGGAGGAGGACGACGACGACGAGGAGCUGGACGAGGAGGCGCUGGCCCGCGAGAUGAAGAUGGAGCAGAACUUCGUGGAGGAGGAGGACGAGCACGACAUUGCGUUCAGGUCGCAGCAAUCCUGCCGCGAAUGCUCCAUCACGCACGACCACAAGCUGUGUCCGCUGCGCAACGCCAGCGGCAAUGUGACGGACGCCGUCGACCUGGCCGAGUGGAUCGAGCGCCGCAAUCUGGAGGCGCUGGCCAAGCUGAAGGCGGAUGCCCAUCGGCAGGCGAAGCGGGGCCGUGGCCCACGGCACGACGACGACGAGGAUGACAUGGAGGACAUGGACAUGGACGAGUCGUCGCAGCUGUCCGAGCUGGAGACAAAGCCGCUGAUCACGUUCGCCGAGGCGUCGGUGCCCGCCGAAUUUGAGCUGCACAACGUCGAGCCGAAUGUGACCGGCGUGUUUGCCCGCACCGAGGUGCGGGCCUACACCAAGCUGGGGCCGCUCAUCGGUCAGCCGGUGCAGACGGGCGAGGUGCGUGAGGGCAGCGACAUGAAGUGGAUAUUCGAGAUGUGCGAGGCGGGGGCGGACAAGUCCUAUCUGCUGUGCUGCGACAAUCCGAAUGCCUCCAACUGGCUGCGCUUCAUUCGGCCGGCGCCCUGCUACGACGAUCGCAACGUCAAUCUGGUGUCCAUCGAUCAGCAGGCGUAUUUCGUCAGCUGCCGCGAUCUGCGCAAUGGCAUGGAGCUGCUCUACUGGAGCGACGACUGCAACACCAUGUGGCGCAAGAAGCACACGGAAAAGAUCAACUGCGGCGGCUGCAGUCUCAAAUUGAGCAUCCCGCUGUACUAUCGCACCCACUGCUCCGUCUUUCACGAUCCAUCGAUGAGCCUGACCAUCCGGAAGUACCACUGCAAGGUGUGCGGCGAGGCGGUGCUGGGCAAGGACAAUAUAAUGAAGCAUGCCGCCGAGAAGCAUGACGGCAAGGGCGCCUAUCAGUGUCAGUUUUGCAACAAGUUCUUUUUGCGGCUCAAUUACCUGGAGAUGCAUCGCACCUAUGGCUGUGCCUCCAAUCCGAAUCGAUCGCGACCCGUUUGCGAUUUCUGUGGCCGCAAAUUCUGUCAGCCGCAAAAGCUGAAGGCGCACAUCAAGCGAAUGCACAGUGGAUCGCGUGCGGCACUGCAGCGCCACUCGAAGGAGGUGCACAGCCGCAACUCCACUGUCGUGAGUUGUCCGCGCUGCCAGAAACUCUUCCAGAAUCGCAGCAAUCUCAAGAUACAUAUGCUAACCCACUCUGGUGUGCGUCCAUUCAAGUGUGCGGAGCCCGAGUGCAAUGCGGCGUUCACCACCAAACAGUGCCUGCAGUUCCACUACAAGAAGGUGCACAACUACACACAGGAGCAGAUGCCGAAGAUCGAGCGGAGUGUCGCCUACACAUUCGAUGCCUAUUCGGGCGGCAUGAAGGUGGACUUUCUGGGUAAGCAGCAGCUGCAGCAGCAGCAGCAGCAGCAGCACGAGCAGCAGCAGCAGCAGCCGCUUCCGGAGUCACAGCUGCCUAAUGCAGCUGUUGUCUCCUCCUCCUCAUCCACAGAGCAAGCACCGCGCCGGCGGCGCAAGAGCCUCGAGGACCAGAACUCGAUGCUCAGCAGCUCGAUGCAGAGCGACACGGAGUUCAGCGACGACAACAUCUUCGAGGCCAUCAAGAAGAGCGGCAAAUCCAUCAAGGAUCUGUGCCGCAACGAGCCCAAUCUAUCGCUGCUCAGCUCCAAGAUCUCCAGCAUUUUUGGCGAGAAGGUGCCGGUGGCUGUCCCAGUGCCAGUGGCCACGCCCUCGGCCACAUCGGUCUCGCUGCCACCCGUCGGUGGUGGUGGUGGCCGCAAGCGGAAGCGUAAGAAGGAGCUGGCCAAUUCCACGGCCGCCCAACAGCAGCAGCAACAGGCGGCCCUACAGCAGCAGCAGGCGCAACUGCAGCAGCAACAGCAGCAACAGUUGCAACAGCAACAGCAGCAGCACGUGCAGCAGCAGCAGCAGCAGCUUCACCACCAGCCGCUGCAGCAACAGGCGGCCCUGCAGCACCAGCCGCUGCAGCAGCAACACCAACAGCAGCAGCAACAGCAACAGCAGGCGCAACUGCAUCACGAACAGUCCUCCCACCAGCAGCAGCAGCAACAGCAACAGCAGCCACCGCCCCAGUACCAUCCGCACCACCUGCACUCGCACGCCCUGCCCCACCAGCAGCAGCAGCAGCAGCAACAGCAGCAGCUGCAUGGCGCCGAUCCCGACGACGAGGAGGAGGCGGAACAGGUCCGCCUCGAACAGGUGCGCCGCAAGCAGAACGCUCAGCUCAGCCUGGUCGAGUCAUUCCUGACGACCACCGCUCAGCGGCUGAGUGCCCAACAGCAGGUGCAGCAGGUGGUGGCAGCCGCGGCUGCCGUCUCGGCAAUGGCCGGCGCCGGGGACGAUCCCGCCAAGCUGGGCCACAUGAUGGUCGGCCAUAUGGGCGUCGGCGUUGGUGUUGGCGUGGGCAUGGACGAUGAGGACGACGACGACGAGGAGGAGGACGAUGGCAGCUCGGCAAAUCAUCCGCCCGGCGGCAGCCAUACCCAUCAGCAGCACGGCCAUCCGCACGGUGCCCAUCCGCACUCACACUCGCAGUCGUCACACUCCCAUCCGCAUCCGCAUCCGCACUCACACGCCCACUCGCACGCCCAUCCGCACCACGCCCAUGCCCAUGCCCACAGCCACGCCCACGGCCACCAGCACUCGCAGCAGGGUGCAGGCGGGGGACAGCAGCAGCAGCAGCCGCACGGUGAUCCGAGUGCCUCGUACCGCCAUGCGGCGGCCAUGAACGCCGUGGCCCUCGGCCAGAAUCUGGUCGUCACCAAGGGCAGCAAAAAGUGGAUCGGCGCCGAUGAUCGCCAUCUGGGCGACGUGACCAGCGACGUGCCCGGCAACGAGUCCGGCCCGGGCGGCUCUGGCCAGCUGCCCGGCAACGCCGGUGCCGGUCAGGAUCUCGGCUUUGCGGUGCCCCCCAGUUCCGUGGACGAGCACAGCAAGAUGCUCGGCCAGAAUCGUGACUUUCUCGCCCGCCUCAUGAGCACGGCCAGCGCCAGUCAUGCCCACGCGCACGCCCAUGCCCAUGCCCACGCCCACCAGCAUCAGCACCCACACCAGCAGCAGCACAGCGCCCACAGUCGCGAGGAGGACGAGAACAGCUCCUUCCUGGAUGUCGUCGAGUCGGCCAACAACAGUGUGGCGGCGGCAGCCGCUGCAGCGGCGGCCAUGUCCCAGUACCAUCACAAUGCCUCGGCCAACGGUGGAGCGGGCGGUCCGGGGGGGCCAGGUGGCGGCGGUGGCGGUGGUGCCAGUGGCACACAUACACCCACGGGACCGGCCAACUGGCGGCGGCGGCGGGGCGGAGGAUCGGUAACCUCCUCCGGUGACGGCCCCGGCCAAAUGCAGAUGAACUCCCUGGCACAUCCCCAGUCCUUCAUGAGCUCCUUCUACAACAACGCGAACGCAAGACUGACCGGAGCCGGCGUGGGUGUGGGCGGGGGGGGCUCCUCGUCCGCCAGCAUGCUGGUGGAGGCGGCCCUCAACUCUGUUGGCAAUAUGAUUGACAGCGAGAGCAGCGACCUCAAGGUACCCACCGAUAACCACAUCAACAGCGACAGUCCGAUGAGCGCCCAUGUGGAUGCCGAGGCGCAGCGCUUUGGGGCUGGCAGCGCUGGCGGCGGUGUGGGCGGUCCUGGUGGCGGCGGUGGCGGCGGCGGAGGUAGCAGUGGAGGAUCAUCGAGUGCCGCCAAUGGCACGGGCAUUGGGGGGGCCAUGGACAACCUGGAGAACGAGCUGAAGAUGAUGAAGAACCUGGGCAGCUUCCCCAUGCAAAUACCGCCGCUGCCCAUGUUUCAGGGCGCCUGCAACAUCUCGCCCAGCGCCUCGACGCCAACGAAUCCGCAGAGCAACCAGAACCAGAACGAUGUGGACGUGGAUGCGGGCAGCACACCGCGACCCCAGCAUCCCGACUCCGAUGGCUUCUCCUCGUCGCACCACCGCACGCCGCCCUCGCCGCCGCCCAUCUCUCCGGGCCGCGACUACGGUGGCAUGUUCGGCUCUGGCAAUGGUGCUGGGGGUCCAGGCUCCAAUAGCACGCCAGCGGGCAGCUCAAGUGCCGGCGGAGGCGGCGGAGGUGGUGGUGGCGGGGCAGGAGGUGGUGCUAACAGCAUGUCGGCCUCGUCCCCGCUGCCCGCCUUGCAGCCACAGCGGCGCAAUGCGUCGAGCGUGGGCAGCACAUAUCCGGAGCACGAGCUCAUCUCGCCGGCCUCCUCGCCGAGCAUACCGCGCUACAACUUCAACGGGGACAUGAUGCGCCACAAGCGGGCGGUGCAGGAGCAGGACCAGCACGAGCAACGUCAGCGACACAACCUCUCGCGGCACAAUCAAAUGUCAAGUGACGAGGAGAACAGCAUCAUGCCACAGAACAGCGCCGGCCAGGAUAUGCGCAUGAAGUUCCCCCAGUCGCAGAUCGACCUCAUGUACUCCAAGUACGAGAGCAUGGCCAGCAACCUGAAGUACAACAGCCAGGAGCUCGACUCGCCGGCGGAGUAUCGCCAGAGCAGCAACAGCAAUGCGGCGAGUGCGGCAGCAGCUGCUGCCGCGGCGGCCAGUGCGGCCAACGAUCUGUCCGAUCUGCAGGGCCUGGACAUGAGCUCGCGUUCGAAUGCGUCGAGCAACUAUCACCACAAUUUCCAGCUGCCAAGCAGUCGCUACCAUCAUCACAUUUACGACAUUCUGUCGGAUCGGGAGCAGAGCCAGCAGGCCCAGGCGCAGGCCCAGGCACAGGCACAGCAGGCAACGGGAGCAUCGGUGGUGCACCAGCAGGAGCACGGACAUGGCAGCCAGCUGGCGAUGCAGCAGCACCAGUCGGCGGCGGCCAUGCACAACAUGCUGAGCGAGCAGCUGGGCGAGCAGGAGCACGACCAGACCACCUCCGUGGACCUGAGCCGUACGGCCAACUAUGUGGUGUCGUCGCCGCCACAGCUUCCGUACAACCAUCCGCAUCACGACAUGCUGCGAAUGGCCUCACUGGACCUCACCCCCAACACGGCCAACAUGGCCGUGGGCAACAAUCGGUCGUUCCUCUCCUCGCAAAUGCAACACCAGAGCCGCGACAGCCUCGAGCACCAUCGCCUGCUCUCGACGGUGGAGCAGCAUCGCAUUCUGGCCGCCUCAAAUGCCGCCGACCAGCACCGCCUGCUUGUCGACCCCACCGCCCACUUGUUGAUGGAGCAGAACAAUCGUCUGCUGGGCACCGCCGAUCAGUCGCGCCUGCUGGGCGAAUCGGCGGCGGCAGUGGCCCAGAAUCGGCACAUGGCACGCAGCUUUGGGGCAUACCAUCAAGUGGCAUCGAGCAACUAUCAUCCGGGCGUACGACCGCCGCCCGUGCUGCCGUCAGCGAAUCAUCACGCCUCGAAUCCGUCUAACUAUCAUCCCUUUCCCGCCUACUACUAAGGGGGGGACUAUGACCAGUUGCCCGGGACAAAAGUGCAAUACCUAGAAGGCAUCUGUGGGAUCUGUGUGGGAGCUCCAAAUCGACCUCAAUUUGAAGCGCAACAAUAACUUUAGUUCCUCCAUUUAUUCCAUUUAUUCUCCCGCAAGGAACUCCACGGAUGAUGGAUCCCAUUCGAGCCCCAAUUUCAAAGUGUGCCAAUUCUGUGUUUAGGUGUUUAGGAUCUGUUUAGAAUUAUGUGUGUGUGUGGGUGGGCAAACCAACCUGUCACCCACACACACACACACACACAAAUAUGUAUAGUUGUAUAGAAAGCAUAAAAUAAAUAUUAUAAA